UCCUCUUUAGACCACUUCUUUCUACUCUAACCUAUCCUAUAACACCCACCCCCACAUUUGAGAAAUUUGUUUGAUACUACUCUAGCUAAUGGCUUCAUCACUCAUUUCACUUUCUACCAUUUUAUUCAUCAUUUUUUCUCUUCAACCAAGCUUUUCAACCUCCAGACGCGUCCUAGAUGUCCAUGCCACCCGUCAACACGAAACCGGCUUCCGGGUGGCCCUCAAACACGUCGAUUCCGGCAAAAACCUGACCAAAUUCGAGCGUUUACAACGCGGUGUAAAGCGAGGAAACCACCGGUUACAAAGACUCAUGGAGAACAUGAUGGCAAGUUUAUCAGUGGACUCGAGUACCACACAAGUAACAUCACCGGUUCACGCCGGAAACGGAGAGUUCUUAAUGAAUUUAGCCAUCGGAACACCUCCGGAACCCUACGCAGCCAUCAUGGACACCGGUAGUGACCUCAUUUGGACACAAUGCAAGCCAUGCACCAAAUGUUUCGACGCUCCAACGCCCGUUUUUGACCCGAAAAAGUCCUCAUCUUUUUCAAAAAUCCCAUGUUCUAGCAGUUUAUGCAAAGCGUUACCAACUUCAGAUUGCGGGUCAGAUGGCUGUGAGUAUUUGUAUUCCUACGGAGACUACUCGUCCACAGAAGGCAUUUUAGCGACCGAGACGUUUACAUUCGAUACAGUUUCAGUGCCGGAAGUAGGGUUUGGUUGUGGGCAAGAUAAUGAAGGCAGUGGGUUCAACCAAGGUGGUGGUUUAGUAGGGUUAGGAAGGGGACCUUUAUCUUUAGUGUCCCAGCUCAAACAAUCAAAAUUUUCUUAUUGUUUAACCUCCAUUAGCGACGAAACCUCGUCACAAAACCCUACCAGCACUCUAGUCAUGGGAUCUUUAGCGACUGAAACUUCUAACAGUUCUGUUUACACCACACCUUUGAUCAAAAACCCCUCGCACCCAUCUUUUUACUACCUCUCGCUGGUUGGUAUCUCCGUCGGUAAUGUCGAUUUACCCAUCGAAAAGUCGACUUUCGCGGUCGAUUCAGACGGGACUGGUGGGAUGAUCAUCGACUCCGGCACCACCAUCACCUACCUCCAAGAAUCGGCAUUCGAGUUGGUGAAGAAAGAGUUUGUUUCUCAAGUGAAACUGAAUGUGGACAACUCGGAUUCUACGGGUUUGGACUUGUGUUUCGAGUUGCCUGAAGAUGACGGUUCCGGUGAGACGACAAUCGAGAUUCCAAAGCUGGUGUUUCAUUUCGAUGGGGCGAGUUUGGAUUUACCCGGAGAGAAUUACAUGAUCGGAGAUGUGAAGAGUGGUUUGGUGUGUUUGGCGAUGGGGAGUUCGAGUGGGAUAUCGAUAUUUGGUAAUAUUCAGCAGCAGAACAUGAUGGUGGUUCAUGAUCUUGAGAAGGAGACAUUGUCAUUUGUUCCAACCAAAUGUGAUCAGUUGUAAUCAUAAACAUUUAUGCAUAUAUGGAUACACUUUAUUGUUUGUUUGUUUGUUUGGAUUAAGGCAUGGUGUUUGGGUUUAUGUUUGUUUUUCUUGGUUAAGAAAUUACUAGAAGUGUCACAUUAAAGAAAAUGUAUAUGGUCUUUGGGAUCCACUUUAGAUGAUUGAAGGUUAAAUAAAUCAAAUUUGCAUAUAUUUGUA